CAUCCCAGGCUCAUCCCGAUCGAAUUGCCGGCCGCUUGUGAAAGAGGCUUAAAGCGGAAGAUGGCAAAACCACAGCAGCCUGCUUUUCCGUCGCCCAGAUGAGAGCUGUCUAAAAGAAAAACGAUGCGGAGACCUCUCGGUGGGUAGCCCAUGGCUUUGGAGCGAGCCAAGGAGGUGGGGCCACCUGAUGCUUUGGGUCCGAAGGGCUUCAUCCUUAUAAGAAGAGAUGCUAAUUCAGAGCUCAACAUUUCCCCCACCCCACUCACCCCUUGACAACGUGGCGAACGGAGAGUGAUCUGAUAGCGACUUGAAUGUGAGGAGUCCCAUCCUUGCUCCUUGGAAGGAAAAAAAAAAAAGAAACGACACCAAACACCGUUCCACUCUCUUGCUCUGCAGUGCAAAGAGAGACGUAGAGACUGCCUGGAAUUAAAAUGCCAGCCAAAGGCAAAUACUUUCUUAACGAAAGUGAAGGUUGCAAGGUGACAGAUCCCUUAUACGAGAAGUAUCUUUAUGCAAGUCAACAACACCCACUCCUCUUCUUCCUGCUCUUCAUUGUGGUUGCCUAUUGCUCAACGCUCAUCAUAGUGCUCAUCUCUUACGAUAAAAACACCGGCCAGCGCCUGGCCUUCGUUGUCACUGUAAGCAUUGCUCUCAUCAUCUUCAUCAUCAUGUAUAUUUUAGUUUACGUCGAGUAUUACUUUUGGUGCCAGCUGAAGCUCUUUGCAGUUGUGAUCUGGAUGAGCCUGCUGGCCAUCGGAUACGUGUCCAUUUUCGACAAUCCUACACCCGAUGGAUGGGAACAGGUGCCAUUUUUUCUCUUCAUCAUCUUCACGACAUACACCAUGUUGCCCUUGGCUAUGAGAGACGCUGUCAUAGUCAGUUCCCUUUCUGCCCUUUCUCAUAUUAUCGUUCUCAGCGUUACAGCAGCCGGAGACCACCAGCAUCAACCCACCUUGCUCUUUCAGCUUGUGGCGAACGCUUUCAUUUUCCUUUGUGGCAAUUUGCUGGGGGCGUAUCACAAGCAUCAGAUGCAGGAUGCCUCCUGGGAUCUGUAUCGCUAUACCUUAAAAUGCAUCCAAGUCCAAAUGAAGUUGAAAAUUGAAAAAAGGCAGCAAGAAAGCUUGCUUCUGUCAAUCCUGCCAGCUCAUAUAUCCAUGGGAAUGAAACUUGCCAUCAUUGAGCGUCUAAAAGAAACCAACGAUAUGAAAAAGCAUGAUAAUAAUUUCCACAGCCUGUAUGUGAAGCGGCACCAGAACGUGAGCAUCCUGUAUGCAGAUAUCGUAGGGUUCACUCGCUUGGCAAGUGACUGUUCUCCCAAAGAGCUGGUGGUGAUGCUGAAUGAACUCUUUGGAAAAUUUGACCAAAUUGCAAAGGAAAAUGAAUGCAUGAGGAUAAAAAUUUUGGGAGACUGUUAUUACUGUGUCUCGGGCUUACCUGUGUCCUUGCCGGUACAUGCCAAAAAUUGUGUGAAAAUGGGCCUCGACAUGUGUGAAGCGAUAAAGCAAGUUAGGGAAGCCACAGGGGUUGACAUCAGCAUGCGAGUUGGCAUUCAUUCCGGGAACGUCCUUUGUGGGGUGAUCGGACUUCGGAAAUGGCAGUAUGAUGUCUGGUCUCACGAUGUCUCCUUGGCCAACCGCAUGGAAUCAGCGGGCAUCCCUGGCCGCGUGCACAUCACAGAAGCGACUCUAAAUCAUCUUGGCAAAGCUUAUGAGGUGGAAGAAGGCGACGGGCACCUCCGGGAUCCUUACCUUGAAGCCAUGAAUAUCAAGACUUAUUUGGUGAUUGACCCCAGGUCAAAACAGCGUGCCACCAACAACCAUUUUCCUCAAUCCAGAGUGCAGGAUGGCUUGAAGAUGAGGGCCUCUGUCCGGAUGUCACGAUACUUGGAAUCAUGGGGAGCAGCACGUCCUUUUUCCCACCUGAACCACCGAGAGAGUGUGAGCAGCGACACUUCUGCGCCCAACCGCAGACGCAGGAAGAUAGCCCUGCAACUCGCAAGUCGUCAGAGGACUUCGGAGAGUUUCGAUGGAUCGAGACAACACCACUUCUGUCUUCCUUCUGUUCUAACCUAUAAAAAUACCUCUCAGAAAGGAAGAAUGGAGGAAGAAAUCAACGAUAAGAUGAUGUCAACCAUUGAGGGCCUGAGUUCAGCCAAACCAUGGUGCGGUCAAAAAGACGAUUUCCGUGGACUGUGUGGGUUUUUGCUGUGCUUUGUCGAAACAGGACUGGAAAAAGAGUAUCGCACGAUUCCUAUUCCCAAACUGAGGGGUUAUUUUGUGUGUGCUGGCAUUGUUCUGCUGUGCAUGUUUACAGUACAGAUAUGCAUUACAUCAGGGUCACAAACCUUAGGAAUCUCAUUUGGGGUGGUAGCAAUCAUCAUGGGGCUGAUUUUGUGUGUCUGCUUUGCGGAUGACUGUUGGAAAUGCUGCGCGAAGCGGUGGGCACCAGCACGCUACUUCUGCCGGGUGUCUGAGAAAGUGGAGACGAUGCCGUCCGUCAGGCUCCCCCUGGCCAUCCUUGCCCUCGGCUCGCUGCUGAUCCUUGCUGUUUUCAACCUGCCAGUGAGCCAGUCUGGUGGGAAGGCUUCGUCACAUGCCAAUCCAGUGUCAGGAAACAGUUCAAAUACUGAAGAUGGAUCGCCGAAUAUGAAUAUGAUCUACCCAUAUUAUGCCUACUGCUGCAUUCUGGGCUUCAUUGCAUGCUCCGUGUUCCUUCGAAUGAGUUUUGAACUCAAGCUAAUGUUGCUCUCGGGAGCCAUCGUGGGGUAUUUCGUCAUAUUUAACAGCAACCCAAGUGUCACCUGCGACCAGGAAUGCGCCGAGAAGCUUUUUAUAAAAAAUCCCAAAGUGAUGAUCAAUUUGUACCUGGCACUCUUUUAUAUAACUCUGGUUCUGUUGUCCAAGCAGAUAGACUAUUAUUGUCGGCUAGACUGCCUGCAGAAAAACAAAUUUAAAAAAGAACAUGAGUCAUUUGAAACCAUGGAGAAUGUAAACAGGCUACUGCUGGAAAACGUCCUCCCAGCUCAUGUGGCGGCUCAUUUUAUUGGGGACAAAUUAAAUGAGGAUUGGUAUCAUCAAUCUUACGACUGCGUCUGUGUCAUGUUUGCCUCAGUCCCUGACUUCAAGGUAUUUUACACGGAGUGCGAUGUCAACAAGGAAGGGCUGGAAUGUCUUCGUCUCCUGAAUGAGAUCAUUGCUGAUUUUGAUGAGCUGCUGCUAAAGCCUAAAUUUAGUGGGGUUGAAAAAAUCAAAACUAUUGGGAGCACAUACAUGGCAGCAUCUGGACUCUGUGUGGUACCUGGUCAAGAGAAUAAUGUGGAUCAAGAAAAACAGUGUGCUCAAAUUGGUAUCAUGGUGGAAUUUGCAAUGGCCUUGAUGACUAAACUAGAUGGCAUCAACCGCCAUUCGUUCAACAAUUUCCGUCUACGUGUCGGCAUCAAUCAUGGGCCAGUAGUAGCUGGUGUGAUCGGUGCUCGCAAGCCCCAGUAUGAUAUUUGGGGAAACACAGUCAACGUUGCCAGCAGAAUGGAGACCACUGGGGAACUUGGAAAAAUCCAGGUUACAGAAGAGACGUGCAAAAUAUUGGAGAGCUUGGGGUAUGCUUGCGAAUGCCGAGGACUGAUUAACGUGAAGGGAAAGGGAGAACUGAUCACGUACUUUGUCUGCACCGAUACAGCCAAAUCCCAAGUUUUUUGACUCGAACGAGAAGAUGCUGAAAAAAUUAUGGUCGAAGUAUCUCGAUGGACUUCGCAUUUAUUUUUAGCAACCAUGAAAUUUUGUCUCCUUGUGUAAAGGAGUUCGCGCUGAACGACUAACCGUGCUGGCCUUUUGCAUCUCAAGAGAAGAACGCAAGGGGUUCUUGAAAGAUGUUUACGGUUGAGUCUCGUUGAGUCUACCGUUGAGUCUAGUUGAGUUUAACCUGAUGCCACUUUUGUUUUCCUGCCACAGAGGACUCAGAAAUGUCUGUGGACUGGCAGUCAAGCAAGAGUAUUGCUUGGUUCGAGGUGUCCUACUCUUCUCCUUCCUCCUUGCCCUUUCGUGUGGAUAGAUUGACGGUUGCGAGAGCACUGCCUUGAGCAAAACUGAAGAUGACGAGAGACCAGAUUGGAGUCUGGACCUUAAAGGCCCUUUUAGGUGGAACUGUCAUCUGCUCUGCCAUUAAUCUGUCAUUAAACUAAUCAAGGAGAGAAGCAACCUAGAACCAAGGAGAAAUUUCCUGACAGUUA